AUGAAGUACGUUCUUGUAUCAGGAGGUGUCAUAUCCGGCGUUGGAAAGGGCAUUAUUGCCUCCAGCACUGGUUUGCUUCUGAAGACGAUUGGUCUUACGGUUACGAGUAUAAAAAUUGAUCCAUACAUUAACAUUGAUGCCGGCACAAUGUCACCUAUAGAGCAUGGUGAGGUCUACGUGACAGAUGAUGGAGGUGAAAUGGACCUCGAUCUCGGUAAUUACGAACGAUAUCUUCUCACCACGCUUACCCGAGACCACAAUAUCACCACCGGCAAGAUCUAUCAACAAGUCAUUGAGAGAGAACGUGUUGGACAGUAUCUCGGUAAAACCGUUCAAGUCGUGCCACAUAUUACCAAUGCUAUUCAGGAUUGGAUCGAACGGGUCGCCAAGGUGCCCGUUGAUGAGUCUGGGGCCGAGCCUGAUGUUUGCAUCAUCGAGUUAGGUGGUACUGUCGGAGAUAUUGAGAGUGCUCCUUUCAUUCAUGCUGUCAGUCAGCUGCAGAGACGCGCUGGCAAGGGGAAUUAUGCACAGAUUCACGUGUCAUAUGUUCCAGUUAUACCACCCGGACCUGGUGGUGAGCAAAAGACAAAGCCAACACAGCGAGCCGUCAGCGAUGUGCGAAGUGCCGGUCUAAACCCAGACUUGAUCGCCUGUCGUUGCGAACAGCCACUAGAAGACACAACCAUCGACAAGAUCGCAAACAUGUGCCAAAUGGAGCGAAAACAAGUCGUUGCCGUCCACAACGUAUCCACCACGUACCACGUCCCGUUACUUCUCGAAAAGCAAAAACUACUAAAAACGCUCAGUGAACUCCUCAACCUCUCCUCCAUCCAACAACCACCUGCACGGAUUGAGCAAGGUAAGCGUAUGUGGAGAGACUGGGUUGACUUGGCCCACAGCCAGGACAAUCCUCACGAUACAGUCUCGAUUGCCCUAGUGGGUAAGUAUACUACACUUCACGACGCAUAUAUCAGUCUCAGCAAGUCAUUUGAGCAUGCUGCGAUGUACUGCCGCAAGAAACUCAAGGUUAUCUGGGUCGAUGCUUCGCACCUCGAAGACGAGACCAUGGAAGUAUCUCCAGCCGAGUUCCAUAAAGCGUGGCACAAUGUGUGCACGGCUGAUGGAUUGUGUGUUCCGGGCGGAUUUGGAACUCGCGCGACCCUCGGAAUGAUGAAGGCGAUUACUUGGGCGCGUACCAAGAACGUGCCGUUUUUGGGUAUUUGUCUCGGUAUGCAGCUUGCUGUUAUCGAGUAUGCGCGCAACGUUGUCGGGAUUGAGGAUGCGGGUAGUGAAGAGUUGCAUCCUGAUGCCAAGAAUCAUGUCAUUGUCUACAUGCCCGAAGUCGACAAAUCCAAGCUCGGCGGCACAAUGCGACUAGGCAAACAUCCCUGCAUCUUCCAAUCGGGCAGCGAAUGGUCCCGUCUCCGCGCUCUAUACGGUUCCGCGCCUCAAAUCCAAGAACGACACCGUCACCGCUACGAAGUCAAUCCCGAGAUGGUUGACAGGCUCGAAAAGGCCGGACUCACUUUCGUGGGGAAGGAUGUUAAAGGUGAACGGAUGGAGAUUAUUGAGUUGCGGGAUCAUCCUUGGUUUGUGGGUGUACAGUUUCAUCCGGAGUAUCUUUCAAGGGUUUUGUCGCCUAGUUUUACUGUUCUUGGCUUCUUUGCAGCUGCAGCUGGGUGUCUGGACGAGAUUACGGCGAAACUUAAUAGUGAUGUGCGUGCCAACACGAAAAAAAAACCGAAUUUUAGCAAAUUAUCGCGUGAAUAUGGGGUGUCUCGCAAAAAACUGUCCCGUCGGUGGCGUGGCUUACCCUCUCGCUCAACACGCCCACCUACGAGGCGCCUAUUAUCUCUAGAUCAAGAAAAGGCACUUAUUCUAUGGAUUGAGUAUCUAGAUAAUAUAGGUGCGCCUCCUACGAAUCAGCAAAUUGAGGAAAGUGCGAAUUAUUUGCUCGGCAAAGAUUUCAGUGUACACGAUUUUAUCAAGCGCCUGCCAAAACAAUAUGUACGAAUCGUUCAAAAACCUCAAGAAAAGGAACGUACCGUUGCAGAGCAUUAUGGUGAGGUUGAGCGCUGGUUUAUUGACCUCGAGCUCGCUAUACAACAAUACAAAAUUCGCCCUCAAAAUCUGUGGAACUUCGACGAGACCGGAUUCAUUGUUGGACAAGGAAAAGAUGAAGCGGUGGUAACAGCAUAUCCAAAAACAUCAAAAAGGGUAUCUAGCCUGUCCUCUCGAGAAUCAAUUACUGUCAUUGAGGGUAUAAAUGCCGAAGGAAAGAUUAUACCACCUUUAUUGAUUCCAAAAGGCAAGGUCCAUUUGGAGGAAUGGUACCGGCAUAUAAAAGAUGACGACUGGCUAGUUGCACCUGCUUCGAAUGGAUUUAUCACAGAUAAGAUCGCAUUCGAAUGGCUUCAACACUUUGACCACUUCUCUAGGCCCGGGGCCUUCCCGGAUUGGCGGUCUAGGGUGGGGGAAGGCGACGCGACAAGUAUCUAUCAGAUAACCCGGAUAUCCGGCGAGGCCGAAGAUGGGCUGUUCGCUCUCGAAGGUCAACCGGUCACCUCAGGGCAUGUAUUUGGCAACCUACAUUUCAGCAAAAUCAGAAGCCACCUUCUUAUCAGGGCUCAAUAUAGCCCCUCAAGCUCACAAAUCACCACGCCAAAAAAUGUCUAUGAAGACCCGGCUUUGGAACCCUGAUGUAUUUGAACACAUGGAGAGAACUAAAUACAUACCGUCUUGCUAGUC